GUGCCAUAAAAAACUAAUCUUCCUCAUCUACCGCGAGGCCAACCUUGCCAACCUCAAGUCCGACCAAAACCGAAUAUUCCGUCUCCCGCUCGCUCCCUGACAGCAUCGGAUCCCGGCCGGAACGUCCCGAUCGGCGACGGGGGACGGCGAUGAUCGUCCGGAGAGCUUGGCACGACCUGCGCCGGAGUUGCCGCCGGCGGUGGCCGAUCCCGGUCGCCCGUCAGGUUCCAUGUCCGGCGCCGGAGGUCGGGGGGCCUCCGGCUCGGGGCGGCGGCGCGAAGCCGGGCCGCUCUUCUCCGCUCGCGGCCGCGGCGUUUCGCUCCAGCGGUCUUGGAGCCCGAUUCGAAGAUUUCUGUGGAAUGAAGUCGCGUGGCUUGUCGAGCGAUGCGUUGAGGGAUGUUCCUGUGGCUGGAAUGGUCGAUGUGCCGUUGGCACAGACAGGCGAAGGCAUCGCCGAGUGCGAGCUUCUCAAAUGGUUUGUUCAAGAGGGGGAUCUGAUCGAAGAAUUCCAACCACUCUGUGAAGUUCAGAGUGACAAAGCGACCAUAGAAAUAACAAGUCGGUACAAAGGAAAAGUUGCCCAUAUCAAUCACGUUCCUGGUGAUAUAGUGAAGGUUGGAGAGACUCUUCUAAAGAUGGCUGUUGAGGAGCCACAUCUUCUGAUGGAGGCUUGUGAUCGUUUAGAAAAUGUCAAUUCUCCAACUUCUGAGAUGAUAAAAAGCAAAAAAUGUGGAGUCCUGUCAACACCAGCAGUUCGAGGUCUUGCCAAAGAAUAUGGCAUAGACAUAACUGAUGUGCAUGGUACUGGAACAGAUGGCAGAGUGCUAAAGGAAGAUGUUCUUAGAUAUGCUACUGACAAAAGAAUUAUGGAAGGUAGUUCUGCCUCUCUGGGUACUGAUCACGAGGAUCAGUUUUUGGGAGGGGCACAGACUCGCCAAAAUGUAUCAGCUAAAUCUGGAUGGCAUUACAAUGAUGAAACGAUUCCCUUGAGCUCUAACGUGUCCUUCAGGGGAUUCCAGCGAGCAAUGGUCAAAUCAAUGUCCUUGGCUGCAAAAGUACCCCAUUUUCAUUAUGUGGAAGAGAUAAACUGUGAUGCUCUGGUGGAGCUUAAAGCAUCUUUCCAGGACAAUAACACAGAUCCAGAUGUCAAGCACACUUUUCUACCGUUGUUGAUAAAGGCACUUUCAAUGGCUUUAAGCAAAUAUCCCAUUAUGAACAGUUGCUUCACUGAGGAAUUAUUUGAAGUCAUCCUUAAAGGUUCACACAAUAUAGGAAUUGCAAUGGCUACUCCAAACGGUCUUGUUGUACCAAACAUUAAAAAUGUUCAGUCUCUGUCUAUCUUGGAGAUAACAAAGGAGCUGUCACGGUUGCAACAAUUUGCCUUGACUAACAAGCUCAAUCCAGAAGAUAUAUCUGGCGGAACGAUAACGUUAAGCAACAUUGGAGCAAUUGGUGGGAAGUUUGGUUCCCCCCUUCUGAACUUGCCUGAAGUUGCCAUCAUUGCUAUUGGGCGGAUCCAGAAGGCUCCACAGUUUGCAGAUGAUGGAGAUGUGUAUCCAGUAUCUAUCAUGACUGUAAACGUGGGUGCGGAUCACAGAGUCCUGGACGGAGCUACGGUGGCCAGAUUCUGCAACGAGUGGAAGCGAUACGUGGAAAAGCCGGAGUUGCUGAUGCUGCAAAUGAGGUGAUCCUGCAACAAAUACAGGUCACCAUAUCUCCUUAGUUGUCUGUGUAUAUGCUGUAGAUGGCAAUAAAAAGAGCAGUUGUAGUUUCUCGGGUGAACCAACAGAAUACCUACAUGUCCGAAAGGACGAAACAUCAAUUGUUAUGCAAGUGCUGGGGUUGAAAUGAUUCCCUGGCGAGACCGAGAAAUGCCAUCGGACUUUCCCAA